GAAAAAAAAACAGACAACUGUUUAUACCAAGAUAACAUUAGAACAAGCAUCACCGGCCAAUUUCAAUCAUUUUAGAAUGUAGAAAAGAUGGCCUUCUGUUUAAAUUAUCGAAAACAGUCUAGACACUUCUGACCUGACAGCCAGUGGAAAGUUACAACAUUUAUCUUAUUGAGUGUUAGGAUGCACAAGAUUUCACACAAUGCAUACUUUAGUUCUUUCAAUACAUGCUUAAAUUUAAAAUUACAAAAUUCACGGUUCAUCAAUUCUAUGCACAAUCCCACUUACAUAUAUAACAAGUCUGUAUCAAGCAGCAAUGUUACCUUCAUAGCUAUAUGUGGGGGCAAUGAGGUUUACUAUGCAGUAAUUUUACUUGUAGCACAACCAAAAUUUCAUUAACACUACUGUCUCAAGUAAUACCGCAAACUGAAAACUGAUACCUCGUAAGAAUAUUAUCAACUUAGCAGCUGAAAAUACACAUAUGACUGAAUCAUCGCACAUAAUUUAUCAUGAUUGGAGACACCUGCUUAUCCUCUGCCCUAAAUAUUUUAUCUUCCCUGAUUACACAUCAUCAGUUAUGUUGAUGUAAGAUUCAUGAACCUGCUAUUAAGUAAUUUGUAUGGAACUGGGAGUGGUCUGUGAUAAGACUUGCUUAUCUACAUCAAUGGUAUUACUGACUGAUGUCUCACACAAUGUGACUGGUGUCAUAAAAUGGGAGAUUAUAAUUGUUUCCAAAUGGCAGGGCUGAUAGCUGACAGGUGAUAACAAAAAGGUUGCACAAACAUACUUUAAUGUACCACCAACAGAACAGAGCGCAGUACACUAAAGUCAAGACAGGUUAUCCACAUGUCAAAAAAUGCUGGAAGUUGCAGGUAAUACUGACAUACUAGCAGUCACCACACUGUCAGUAAUUCUGCUGAUCAUGUCUUUGAUCAUGGGACUCAAGAUUCACUGGUUUCGUGCUCGAAUGAAUAUGAACGCAACUACGAGCAGCGACGAACUGGGAUCAUUAGCUGGCGUGUAUCGAAGCCAACCUUUUGAAGUGUCAAGUUCAACUCCCCUAGCAACUCAGCCACACAACAAUUUAACUGCAAGCAGUUCAUCACAUAAAUCACUUGCAUCACCACUUUCAGCACAAUUAUCGUUACCCUUAUUAUCAGCAAAUAAGUUUAAAAUUAAUUCAAAGAAGAAACUUCCAGCUUCUUCACCUGAAAAUCUACCUGUCGGAGAAUCACAGCCAACAAAACACAAACAAGACAAUGAAGAUGGGAAAAAGAAGAAAACUAAGCCUACAUCUGGUAAUAACACUCUCUUAGCGCCAAAUGAACUUCAUAGUUCUACACAAAUGACUUCACUGACAAACCUUUCUGUAGGGCAGUCACAGCCAUCAAAUCAAAAGGAAAAGAAAGAAGGUGGAAAUAAGACAAAAUCUUUAUUCUCAUUUACUAAAAAUCCACUUCCCAAGCCAGAGAACCAUAACAAACCACCUAAUAACUCUGUGCAAAAUCCACCAGUGUUUGCAGUCACUAAACAACAAAAGCUGUCAAACAAAAAAGAAAAGAACGCAGAUGGAAACAAAUCCAAAGUACUCUCUUCAACCAGUAAAAAUCCACUAAGCAAACCAGAGAAAAAUAAUCAACCAGUGGAUGUCAAAAGUCCUCCAGACAGCAUGGGGCAGAGUAUGAAGCCAAAAAGCAAAGUUCCUGCCCCUAAAGGUAUUCUCCAGAAGGCAAAAUCACCACCACUUCCAAACACAGAUGAUAAUGCUCCUUCACUAAAACUGACUGGUAGUAGUACGUCUCUCAAACUGACUGAUAAUAGUUCAGUUACUCUCAGACAGACAGAUGACAGUUCACCUCUCAAACCAACUGAUGGCAAUUCAUCUCUUCUCAAAACAAAAACACCAAUUCCAUUAUAUAUUUUAGAGCAGGAAGAAUCAGAGUCAGAAUCAUAAAACAACUGACUGGAAAAAACAUUGCUUCUGAAAACGUAAUGGAGACAUUCUUAAGUGAAGUACAUAUAAGAGGUCACAGCCGUUAAGUAAAUUUGUUAGAGGCAACAUUUCAACGAGUCUUGUGACUUAAAUGGUGCGUAAAUAAAAAUUUCACAUUUCACUCUAGGGUGCUACGGACAGUGAUGAAAUGCAAAUCAACAAAAAACAGUAUGAGACGUAAGAGCCAUUUGAGUGAUAACAUUGAGAGAUAAUGGUUAUGGCACUACCAUCGUAGCAGUCACUAGGAAGGACUGAGGAAAACAAUUGAGACCCUCAGUCAACACAUCCCCUAACCAAGACGCCAAUCUGAUACCUCUAUAACAUACAACAGAUGCAUUACCAUUGAGCUAACCCAUUCAACAAUUACAAAUUGAAGAUCUGAGAUGAAGAGGACCGGCAUUUAGCUAAUAAUUUAUCAAGCAGAAUGAUUUAUAUUAAACAAGAUUAAUUUCAAUCUUCACAAAUUAUGAACUGUAUAAAGAAAUGGACAGUUUUCUUGAAACAGGUACCUACAAGAUAUCCAUAAAGACAAGGUCAGUAAAGGUACGUUCACUGUGCUCUAAUUUGAAAUUCUGACACUUACGAGUAUUAUACAUUCUUAAAACUGCAGAAUCAAUUACAUGUUUGGUGAAAACAAGUGUAGAUUUUGACAGCCCAUGUAGGUCAACUGCCCAUUAUGUGUGUACAUAUAUAAUAUCAGUGCCAUUAUUUGGUGAUUCGAUGACAAUAAAGAUGAUUAGGAAAGCAGAGGUGGUAUAAACGGUACCUGAACAAGACAGCAGAAAAUAUUUUUGAAGUAUCCAUUUCCUGAGAUUUUAGACUUGUCUGAAUGUGAUGAUGAUUCACGACAAUCUAUCGAAGGUAAUUUUAACUAUUUGCGCUGCAGCCUAUCGGUGGUAAAGUGCAGGUAAGAGACAUACGAGGACAGAAGAAAAAGGCACAAGAGGUAUCCAUUUCCUAAGACAGUGUCAUCUUUCAUAAAAGCGGGAGAGCAGAAAAGGUAUCCAACAGUUCUGUCAUCUGUAUGUGGCCACAUAAACUACAAGAUGUCACACCAAAUUGGUUGCCAUGUGAAAAAUGCCUUCAGGACUUACGUGUCUUCUGCAUCGUACACCUUUCCAAACUUGUAUAUUUAUUCUAAAAUCUUAAGGGAACAGUCUACUUAGAUGCCUCAAGCAGAAACGGGAUGAUAAUGAGAUAGCACUCAAGAGAAACAAGUUGUAAAGAUGUGAACUGCAUUAGGAAUGAGUUCAGUUGUGAGCUGUCACGAUCUUCAGGUUCUAUUAACAUUUGUUAUUUCUUAAUAAAAUCAAUAAUUAUCAUCUGCUCAAGGAGAA